AUGUACAGAUUCACACGGGGACGGUCAGCUCGCCCGAGUAUUGCAACUUUCAACCGUAUUGUUCACAACAACAGGAGGAGCCCCGAUAAUGUCAGCAUUCUGCAACGAUGUUCUUUCCACAACAGCAGACGCCUCGAUGCCCUGACGCCUUAUCGACUGGCAGAUAUCGGCGAGGGGAUCACCGAAUGCCGAAUUGUCUCGUGGUCUGUGAAGCCUGGAGAUUAUAUCCAACAAUUUGAUCCGAUUUGUGAAGUGCAGUCAGACAAAGCGACGGUUGAGAUCACAUCUCGAUUCGAGGGUACAAUUAAAACGCUUCAUUAUGAAGUUGACGAUAUGGCGCCUGUCGGAUCUGUAGGUGCAAAUAUGGCCAGCUUCAUGCACCAAUACCCUAACACUGAACAGGCACUCGUCGACAUUGAAACCGAGGACGUUGAAGAUGACCAUGAUCUCCCCAAUGGAUCGGGCGAUAGGCUCCUGGAAGAGGCUUCUGUAACCGACACGCCUACUGCAUCCGAAACCCCUCUCUCCAUUGCAACACCUGCUGUCAGACACAUACUCAAAGACCUCGGGCUAAAUAUUUCUGCCAUUACAGGAACUGGGAAAGGUGGGAGGGUUCUGAAAGAGGAUGUCCAGAGGCACGCUGCUGCAAUUGGCAUUACUCCGGGCUCUCAGCCAAUACAAAAAGCCUCGGAGAUUGAUCGUGAUCCUGGGCAAGACCGUCGGAUACCACUGUCAUUAAUCCAAACGCAGAUGUUCCACUCGAUGACCCGCUCGCUGUCGAUCCCGCACCUCCUCUACACGCAUACUGUGGAUUUGACAGAUUUAACGGCUAUGAGAAAACGGACCGUGAACGAUCGGAAUUUAUCAACUCUCCUUGGAGCGGAGGAUUCUGCACCGAAGCUGAGCGUUCUCCCAUUCGUCCUCAAGGCCCUGUCACAGGCAGUCACCGCGUAUCCUACGGUAAACUCGAUUCUCGACACUGAGAACGACCCGGCCAAACCGCAUCUUGUUUUGAAGACCGCUCACAACUUCGGCGUGGCAGUUGAUACGCCAAACGGGCUUUUGGUGCCUGUGGUUCGAAACGUGCAGGACCGGUCGAUUAUUUCCAUUGCCGCAGAGAUUUCCCGCCUCAGCACAUUGGCAAAGGCAGGACGGCUCAGCCCGAACGACAUGACAGGUGCUACACUGGUGGUCAGCAAUAUCGGGAGCAUCGGCGGCGAUGCAAUUGCGCCGGUUAUUUUGUCGCCGAUGACGGCAAUUCUCGCUAUUGGGCGGGCAACCCAAGUUCCUGCAUUCGCGACAGAUAUCCACGGACAGGAGACAAUCGUCAAGAAGGAGCAGGUGACGCUAAGCUGGAGCGCAGAUCACCGAGUUCUUGAUGGCGCAACCGUAGCUCGAUGUGCUCAGAGUGUAGGAUCAUGGUUGGAGAACAUUGAUGCCCUGGCCUUGACUUUGAAGUAG